GCAAAGGAGGUGGCAAAGUUGCUGGAGAUGAAGGCCCAGCUGGGGGGAGAUGAAGGGAAACACAAGUUUGUGCUCAAGACCCCAAAGGGCACACGGGAUUACAGCCCCAAGCAAAUGGCCAUUCGUGAGAGGGUCUUCAAUGCAAUCAUCUCCUGCUUCAAGCGCCAUGGAGCAGAAGUCAUUGAUACACCAGUGUUUGAGCUGAAGGAGACAUUGACAGGGAAAUACGGAGAAGACUCGAAGCUCAUCUACGAUCUGAAAGAUCAAGGAGGAGAGCUGCUGUCCCUGCGCUAUGAUCUGACAGUGCCCUUCGCUCGCUAUCUGGCGAUGAACAAGAUCACCAACAUCAAGCGCUAUCACAUUGCCAAGGUCUACAGGAGGGACAACCCAGCCAUGACCAGGGGCCGCUACCGGGAGUUCUACCAGUGUGACUUUGACAUUGCCGGGCAGUUCGACCCCAUGAUUCCCGAUGCUGAGUGCCUGAAGAUCGUGCAUGAGAUCCUGAGGGACCUGCAGCUCGGGGACUUCCUCAUCAAGGUCAACGAUCGGCGCAUCCUUGAUGGGAUGUUUGCAGUUUGUGGUAUCCCGGACAGCAAAUUCCGAACGAUCUGCUCCAGCGUGGACAAACUGGACAAGGGGCCGUGGGAAGAAGGGAGGAGGGAGAUGGUGGGGGAGAAGGGGCUCUCUCCCGAGGCUGCGGAUCACGUUGGGGAGUACGUCCAGCUUCACGGUGGCCUGGAGCUGAUUGAGCAGCUUCUCCAGGACCCAAAGCUGUCUCAGAACAAGCUGGCCAAGGAGGGACUGGGGGACAUGAAGCAGCUUUUUGAGUACCUGACGCCUGGGGUGGUGGGGAUGUCCGAUCCCAAGGGACGGAAGGUUCCGUGCGUGUGUGUCAGCAUUGGGAUCGAGCGGAUCUUCUCCAUCCUGGAGCAGAGAGUGGAGGCCUCUGAGGAGAAGAUCAGGACAACAGAGACACAAGUGCUGGUGGCCUCUGCCCAAAAGAUUUAGCUCAUUGCUGAGCUGUGGGAUGCUGGAAUCAAGGCAGAAGUGCUCUACAAGAAGAACCCCAAGCUGCUGAAUCAGCUGCAGUACUGUGAGGACACCGGCAUCCCUCUUGUUGCCAUCGUGGGCGAGCAGGAGCUCAAGGAUGGAGUCAUCAAGCUGCGGGUGGUGGCAACCAGGGAGGAGGUCAACGUUCGCAGGGAAAACCUGGUAGAGGAGAUAAGGGUGCGAACGAGCUGUCCCUAA